AUGGCAACCCCCUCACCUUGUUUCUCAGCAUCCUUGGUGAGAGCUCUCGGAGGUAACUCCUUACCACUCCUGAGGGUGAUAGCUUUCAUAGUCUCCUUGGGGUUUUGCUCAGAUUUUCCAGGCAUUUACUAUGUUCUCCCCCGAAUCCCCGGAGCUGUAGGUGGCGGCCUAACUCUCGCACCCCGUGGUGACAAGAAAUGUCCCCUAUAUUUCGGGCAGGAAAUUUCAGAGGUCAACAAGGGCCUUCCUGCAAGAUUCUCAACCUGGAUGUCUAGUUCUCCGUGUGUUGCUGAGCCCGAAAAUGUCACUGACCCGUUGUACAUAGAUGCUGGUCCUAUAUCAUCGAUCGGUUUCGAGAUCAAGAAAACUGAAGGUAGCGGUUACAAGAUUGUGUUUUGUCCUAUCAUGUCAAAUUGCACCGAUGUCGGGAUAUUUGUGGACCGAAAUGGCGUUCGGCGUUUGGGUUUAACCUCUACGCCAUUCGAGAUUGUGUUCAAGAGAGUUACUGGGAGAGAAACUUCGUCCAGGACUAUGUCUAUUAUCUGA